UUGAUUUUCCUCCCCUCCAUUGUCUGCUACUGAGUAUCUUCUCUCUAACCUGUCCGCCCUCAAACUGCAAUAUCUCCCUCUGGGCUGUCUCUAUAUAUAUUCCAUCUAAUUUACUCUCUCACAAUCAGCACAUGUGCCGUCUCUAUCACUAUAAAUACUCUGUCCAACUCUCAUUUACCCCCAUCAGUAUAAAUACUCUGUCCCUCUCAGUUACCCCAUUCUCACAACUUCUAGAGAAGCGGAGAAGGAGAUACUAUUUCAAUAUUGGUCUCUCUCUACUUCAACUUGAGAAAUUGAAGAAUCAAUCAAAGAGAGAGAAAGAUGGCUGAGGAUGAAGUUACUAGUACUGGUGAUGAAGUAGUGAGUGGACCGAUUCGUCGAGUUCUCCUCAUUUCUGCUGGUGCCAGUCACUCUCUUGCUUUACUCUCUGGAAAUGUUGUUUGCUCAUGGGGUCGGGGAGAGGAUGGACAACUAGGCCACGGGGAUGCUGAAGAUCGAUUUUCUCCGACUCACUUGAGUGCAUUGGAUGGCCAUGAAAUAGUGUCUGUUACAUGCGGAGCUGAUCAUACAACUGCGUAUUCUGAGUCACAUAUGCAAGCAUAUAGUUGGGGAUGGGGAGAUUUUGGCAGGUUGGGUCAUGGAAAUUCUAGUGAUUUGUUUACUCCUCAACCAAUAAAAGCAUUGCAAGGUUUACGGAUAAAGCAAAUUGCGUGUGGGGACAGCCAUUGUUUGGCAGUGACCAUGGAAGGGGAGGUACAGAGUUGGGGGCGUAAUCAAAAUGGUCAACUUGGUCUUGGCACCACUGAGGACUCUCUGGUGCCACAAAGAAUUGCAGCCUUCCAGGGAGUUUCGGUCAAAAUGGUUGCUGCUGGUGCUGAACACACAGCUGCUGUUACAGAAGAUGGUGAGCUCUACGGCUGGGGCUGGGGCCGAUAUGGAAACUUGGGUUUAGGUGACAGAAAUGAUCGCUUAAUUCCUCAAAAAGUUUCAGGUGUUAAUGGAGAGACGAUGGUUUUGGUAGCCUGUGGAUGGCGGCAUACAAUAUCUGUUUCUUCAUCUGGUGGUUUAUACACGUAUGGGUGGAGCAAGUAUGGGCAACUGGGACACGGAGAUUUUGUAGACCACCUCAUCCCUCAUAAGCUGGAAUCCUUGCAUGAAAGUUUUAUUUCUCAGAUAUCAGGUGGCUGGAGACACACCAUGGCACUGACAUCUGAUGGAAAACUAUAUGGUUGGGGAUGGAACAAGUUUGGACAGGUUGGCAUUGGUGAUAAUGUUGAUCAUAGCUCUCCUGUGCAAGUUAAAUUUCCCGACGACCAGAAAGUGGUCCAGAUCUCAUGUGGAUGGAGGCACACACUUGCUGUUAGUGAAAGAAAUAAUGUAUUUUCUUGGGGAAGAGGUACAAACGGACAGCUCGGGAAUGGGGAAUCUGUUGACAGAAAUAUUCCGCAGAUUAUAGAGCCUUUGAGCAUGGAUGGAUGUAGUGGACAGCAGAUAGAGUCCUCGGAAGUUGAUCCAUCAUCAGUAGGAAAAAAUUGGCUAUCACCAUCUGAGAGAUAUGCAGUUGUUCCUGAUGAUAAAGUCCAAGGGCAAAUAGGCACUUCAGUGGGUGGGAAUGGAAAUGAUGCAAGCGUCCCUGAAAAUGAUACGAAAAGGGUGAAGGUCUGAUCUAACUGCUAGUCAAACCACUUCUCCCCCCCCCCCCCCCCCCAGCCGUCUUCUCGAACCAAACAAUGUCAGUGAAACAAAUUUUAUGUCCUCAUCAUCGUCACUGUAAAUCUGUGUCAUUCUUGUUAACAUGAUUCUUAUGUUCCCACUCUGCAUAAAGAGGGAAAGUAUAACCCUACUGCAUUUUUUUGUUAUAGUCCUAUAUUUGAUCUACUUGUGCUUGUUUUUAUAUAAGUUACAUCUUCACAAACCCAAGAUCUAUGGGAAAGCGAAACUUUUACUUGGCAACAAA